AUGACAGAGUUCUGCAAGAUACCAGAAGCCAUGGCAUUGCAAAUCCUAUCAGGGCUGCCACCUAAAUCUCUGAUGCGAUUCAAGUGCGUUCAUAAGUCGUGGCAUGCUUUGAUGAAGGAUCCCAACUUCGUGGCCAAGCAUCUUUCCAAUUCCAUGCUCAACAAUCUCUACAGUACUACCGGUGUGCUUUUCAAGCGUGAACAUUUCAAGGUUCCCAACGCUGCCGAGAAGGGAACCGAAAGUUUUUCAUUGAUUAGUAUCUCCAAUGAUAAUGGGGAUAGUGAGCAUGAUACUCAUUGUCUUGUCGAAGAUAUUACGGAGGGACGUCAGUUUAGUGGGAUCGAGGUUCUGGAGUCUGCAAGGAUUAUAGGGCAUUGUCAUGGGAUUAUCUGUCUGCGAAAUGCCACUAAGGUAAUUCUAUGGAACCCAGCAAUAAGGGAAGUCAAGAUCACAACUCCAUAUGUUCCGGAUGAGAACUUGGGUAAUUUGGGAAUAGGCUAUGACCCUAAAUCCAACAAUUACAAAGUUGUUCACAUUUCAUAUGGCACUCAGGAAGAACAUGGUGAUGGACAUUUCCUUUUCGAUCGACCGAAAGGAGAAGUAUACACCAUAGGUACUGAUUCUUGGAGACAGAUCAUGACGGGUAGUUCAGAAACGGCAACUACUAAAUUUUGGUUUCAGGAUUUCCACAUGUACUUCAAUGGAGUUUGUUAUUGGAAUGGGCGAGAGCAACUUAAAGACUUUCACGAUUUCUAUGAUGCUCAAGAGGAGUUUUAUAUUAGGCCAGUGAUCAUUUCGUUUGAUAUGGGUGAUGAGGUAUUUCAUAAAAUGUUGCUUCCAGAUUUUGUAUAUGGGGACUAUAUGUGGUGUUAUGUUUUGCGUCUUAUGGCGUGGAAUGAAUCUGUAGCUAUAUUUGGCCUUGAUCACGGUAUAACUGAUCAUGAAUCCUGGGGACUAUGGGUGAUGGGGGACUCUGGUGGAGUAACGGGGUCUUGGAUAAAGCAAUUUAGCUUUGUGAGCACAGUGGGAUUCUUGAAUACACCAUUGCAAUUUUGGAAGAGCGAUGAGAUUCUUAUUGUUUCGGAAGAAAGGCGUCUCGUCUCAUACAACCUCUAUACUGAACAGUUUAAGCAUCUACCCAUUCAUUUUGAAGCUGUUGUUUACAUGAAAGAUCAUUUUGAAGCUGUUGUUUACAUGAAUAGUAUAGUUUCGGUCAAUGGUAACAACCCGCUCGUCUAG